AUGCUCCGAUCUCCAAAAAGCCCUGAACGUGCCGACAAGAAGAAGAACUCGACCACCCCACCAAACCCUUGGCAAAGCCCAGUGGUGUUGCCACUUUCGAGAUGCUUGUCAACCCCCGUUCAGAACGGGAAACCAGUGCAGCAAAGUGCUUUGUCCCCACCAGCCUCUCAACGUCGGGAGCGACCAGGAGAACGCUCCGGUAGUGGGCUGUUUGAACGCUCAAACCCGUUUGAUACGGACUUUGGAGAGAAGGAGCUGAUCGCUCAAGGAGGUUUUGGCAAAGUGUACAAGUGCAAGUCGAGCAUUGACGGACACUGGUAUGCUGUGAAACUCGAACAGUUCUGGUUCAAACCGGAGACGUAUUUCAAUCCGGCCGAAGUGCGCGACGUCAUGAUGAACGAGGCUGUCGUGUUGGCAGGUCUGGAUCACGAAAAUGUCUGCCGCUACUACAACACAUGGGUCCUUGGCUCGCUCAUUCCGGCGGUAAAUAAAGGACAAGAGGUCGAACAACCGGAAAGUCCCUGCUACACUCCUACGCACACCCUCACGAGACGAACUAGUAGUCCAGCCGGGUCGUCUCGAUUAAGCUUCAUUUCUAUAAGUGAGUCGGUAGAUAUGAACGAUGACGUCGAGAUGGGCUCGUCCAAUUACUCGGAUGCGUUCUCGUACGACCCCGAGGACGACAAUGUGGCUAGUUUUACCGAUCUGGGCUUUGAAAUGGAAGAGACCAAAGAAGAUGAACGCAACAUUAGCCCUCGAAUAUCGCUAGCUCGAUCGCAACGUCUCGCUGCGGGAAGGACCAGCCCUCAACGUAUCAAUGAAGACGGCGAUGAGUCUUUCAACCGACACUCAAAAAGCAUGGAACGUCCUCGUAAGCUGUGGGACUCGUCCACGUCCAACGGAGGGGCUUUUAUCACUCAGAUCGAUGUGUACAUUCAAAUGGCUCUCUACGAAGGCAAGUCACUGCGGGAGUGGAUAGAUCAACGCAAGUCUGGAGACAUCGAUGUCUCCAAAAACAUGCACAUCUUCCGUCAGAUCGUCCAUGGUCUGAAAUACGUCCACUUUAAAGGGCUAGUGCAUCGAGACAUCAAACCAGCCAACAUUUUCCUCACACGGGAGUUCUGUGUCAAGAUCGGAGACUUCGGACUGUCCAAAAACACUCUUCAGGCCAGUUUGAAUCUCCAUCCGUCUCGGUAUCUUCACGAGAGGGGAGGCGACAGCUUUGACUCCAUGUCGUGCAACAGCACCGAUGAGGAGAUGGAAGAGCUCUCGGAGCUAUCAGUGGGUGUCGGCACGCCUCUCUACAGCAGUCCGGAGCAGACCCACGGUCUCCAAACGUGUGUCGCUCCUAGCGACGUCUACAGCCUUGGCGUUCUCCUGUGCGAGCUCUUUUGCACCUUCACGACGCAGAUGGAGCGUUAUGUGGUGCUCAGUAACCUUCGUAGAGGUCAAUUGCCACCGUCGCUUGUGGACGAUCACCCGCAGAUCGCCGAGCUCAUUUGCGCCAUGGUCCAAGAAGAGCCGCAACUGCGUCCAACCUGCGCUGAAAUCCUCGAUUGCGGCAUCUUCGAGCACCAGAAACUGCACUUCCAUCUCCGCAAUCCUUGUGUUGGCGUGAGUCCUUUAGCUCGAGCGCUGCUGGCUCAUGGCAAUUGCAGCUCAACAGUCUUGAACUUACUCCGCUCGAUCGUGCGACUAGAAGAAGAGGAGGAAGCGUUCCUUCUUCAGCUCGAGACGACGGACACACAUAAUUUGCGGGACACAGGCGACAACUUGCGUCCAGCUGAAACGAUAGCGGAGGAUCCAACGACGGCACUGCGGGCGUCUCCCAGUGUAAAGCUCUUUCCAAACGGAGCUCUGACGGGGAAGACGAUCCAUGAAUUGAAGCGACUGAGUCAGGAACGACGCCGGCUUUUGGACAGUGCUCUUCAUGAACUCCAGCAAUCCUGA